AUGAACGAAUCAACGGAUCUCGGGAAUGGCAGCAUUCUGGAGCCAGCACUACGGCUCAGGAAGGGACACAUGCCCAAUCCUGCUGGGCAGGAAAGCCUUGAUAGUGACCAAUCCAGUGAGCAGGGGCCCCUCCUAGUGGAGCCACCUGAAUCUUCUGAACUGGAAAAGGUAAAUAAUAAUUGGUACUCAGAAAUCUAGCCAGGGAGUUGCAUCAAAUGUCCUUGAACAACUUAGGGAUAAGUUAACAAUUAUAGGGGUAUGGUUUUUUUCAGAGAAGGCAAUUCCACAGUGUCCAAGACCCAGGCCAUUACGGGAUUUUAAACACAACAACACCCCAGCAUCUUGAAUUUAUCCCAGAAAUGAACACAUAACCAGUGAUUCUGUUACUGUGUGUCAAAUAUGCUUCAUGUUGGAGAAUCUUGACAAGUCUUACCACUGUGUACUGGAGCAACUGAAGUUCUUGAACUGUCUCCAGGGGCGACCCUGCACAAGAAUCUCAAAAGAAGGUGAACUGAUUACCAGGGCUUAUAAUAAGUUGUAAGGGUUUUGAGAGAGGGCCACAAUCGGUCUACCUCCAAAGUUGCUGUAAAGUCCUCUGUCACAGGCUGCUACCUAGGAAUCCAAGAGGAUUGUUGGAUCCAAGAGUGUUUGGUUUGGCCUCCACAUAUGAACACAGGGUGCAAGUAGAACAGCACCUCCUUCAGUUGUGUGAUUGGGAGAAAACCCAAGAAACAAUAACCCUUCAAUUCAGCUUCCUUGUAUCAGUUCUAGUUGACGUACCAGUAUAUAAACACACACACAAAGCAGUCCAGUGAUCCUGUCCUAGUUUUUCCAACACUCAGCCAAGUGAUUUAGAAGGUCUGUUUACUUCCAGGCAGGAGUGUUAAUGGUAUCAUUUAAAUUCAUUGCUAGGGUGAUGGUUUAGCAGUCAGUAUCAUAAUGAUUAUAAGGUGCUUAAUAAAUGUACUUGGCUUUCUAAUCAUUACAGGAAACCCCCCUUUUCCUCCUUCCCCCAAAUGGGAAGAGAACAUAUAUUUUUGUAUGAUAUGUAAUUAAGUAUAAGAGCUUUUGUAAGUUCACUCUGACUUUAAGUUCUGUUUGGGACCACUGCUAAGGUUUGGGUGGCAUAAUACAUUGGCACAAACAAAUAUUACAUGUAUGUGGAAUUGCCUAAAAACUUUGUAAAAGAAAAAAGGUAACUGGCUUCAGGUUCUGUUUCUAACGAAAUGUCUAAUGCCAAUGCUUUGAUGUAGGGUUCAUUUAAAGCCUGUUGUGCAACUUCUUAGAAUGAAAAUAGUUCACUGGCAGAUGAACAAUUUUUAAGAGUCUGUUCUGUGGGUAACUGUUAUCUGGGUGACUUUAGACUGCUGAGCUUUGAAGCCUGUGUACAGUUUUUAAGGCCACCUAGCAGUUUGAACUGCCCACCUAGCAGUUUGAAAGCAUGUCAAAGUGCAAGUAGAUAAAUAGGUACCGCUCCAGCGGGAAGGUAAACAACAUUUCCGUGCGCUGCUCUGGUUCGCCAGAAGCGGCUUAGUCAUGCUGGCCACAUGACCUGGAAGCUGUCUGCGGACAAACGCCGGCUCCCUUGGCCAGUAAAGCGAGAUGAUCGCUACAACCCCAGAGUCGUCCGCGACAGGACUUAAAGGUCAGGGUCCAUUUACCUUUUUUUAUAUAGUACUUGGUAGCUUGUACUUGCUAAAAUGAAUACUACUAACACAGCUGGAGUAGUGUAGAUUUAUAUAACUGGUUUAAACAGAAUUGAUCUGCUAAAUACAGUGGUCAGUGACAUGUUUUGGCUGCAUUCCUGUCACACCUGGUGGUGAAAAUGGACUGGAUGUACCCAUCCUUACUAAUAAAUUUUGUGCAGGUGCAGAAAAGAAGUGGCUAAGAGCACAGGAAAUAAGCACUGAAUUAGUAGUUAGAGAAAGCAAACUUAAACAAAGGAAUGGAUGCUUCAAAUGGAGGGGGCAAGCUUUUGGUUUGUGGGAUCUACUCUUUCUUUUUCUUUUGCCACAUCCAGUCACUACUGGGAGUGGCUCCUUGGCGACAGAGCUAGUUUUGAUUACUAGCUGCAUCUUCUGAUGAAACCAUACACUGAAGUGGUCUGCUUGUACGGUAACACAAUUUACACCUGUGUUACUUUAUUUAUACUUUUCCCUUUUCCCUGACAGGACUCUCAAGGCAGCUUACAGAUAAAAAUAGGAACUGUUUAAAACAUAGAAAAAACAAUCUAUAAUAAACAAUUCAACACUGAUGGAAUUAAGACUAUAUACAUAUAUAAAUCUAUUAACAUUAUACAAAUAAUUACGAAAAAAAUAGCACGGUGCUAGCGCUUUCAUUAAAACUAGUCAUUUCCCAAAAGCCUGUUGGAACAAGAAAGUCUUCACUUGCUGGCGGGAGGACAACCAGGAGAGAACCAGUCUAACUGCUCUAGGCAGGGGGUUCCAAAGUCUGUGAGCAGCCACCAAGAAGGCCCUUGGUUUUAUUAACACCAAGCUCUAAAAUGACUACAUAAAACCUGGUUACAGUGAUUAUUAUUGUUUAUAUUGUUCUAAGUGCAGAAAGGAUACCUUUUAGAAGUUCUCGCCAACCCUCCAUUCUUGGAUACAUCCUCCCCACCCUGAUUAGCCCAAGUGAAAGUAUCUGAUACUUACUAGUAGAAAAGGAAAGAAUGAAAGCAGGCAUGCUUCAUUUUGAUAUUCUUGCAACCUAAUCCUAUGCAUGAUUCCAACAGGCACUCUCAGAACAGAACCAUUAUUAUUAAAUACUGUUCAGGCCUUUUCAGAACCUCGGUCUUGUAGAUCUGCUAUACGUGGAAGUGUCACAGGAUUUUCAAGUGAAAAUAAUGCUCAGAACCCUCCUUCCCCCUCCCUCGCCUCCCAUCUUGCACACAAAUGAGAGUAAGCUGCCUUGAAUUCAGCAUAACUUAUUACUGAGUGAAAUAUAUAGGAUUGUGCACUCUUAAUCCUCUUUCUCUUUCCUCCCUCCCCCUUCAUUAUCAAAUGAAAAAUACACCAUUAAGUAAGAGAUUCUGGAUCUACGACUUUAGUAGGCAGUCUCGGCCGAAGUGAGAGGUUGAGGUGUUACAGAAGGUUUUCAACUUUAGGAAGGAACGUCAGAUCAAAAGCUGCCUUAUACCUGGCCCAUGCUAUUAUGUUGUCUUCCUCCUUCCUCCUUGGAAAUUUGUCUGCACUGCUUCCUUUCUUCACUUUGCCACUGCAUAAUCACUUUGUGCUGCUCCUUCACAGGCCCGACCCAGAAUAAAUGGCACAUGCACAGUGAUGCUAGCUGCUGCUGAUCCUUCCCAUAGACUUGAGCUGAAUGGGCUAGCCUGUGAUAGUAAGGCAAGCUUGUGGGAGCUGGGUCUAAAGUGGCCCUCUAAUUCUCCCGAUUGAUCUUGCCUAUCCAUCUUCAAGACAGAAAUAUUAACCGUAAAGCAUUAUGAGUAUUAACAGUGUUGUGACAAUGCUAGACCUGUUUCCUUUGAAGUGUCUGUUUGGGGGGGGGGGGCACAUCAUGGUGAUGAAAAGCUCUUGUAUCAGAAUUUUUUAUCAGCACCUUUUUGUUAAUUCCGACAAUUGGCAUUUUUUCUGGAAAUGUCAGUUAUUCACAUUGCGUGUCUAAGCACUGUGAAAUGCAUUUGUAUUUGGUACUGCUUGUGUGUUCAGUUUCAGUUUUCUCCUUUUCUAUGGAGAAAUAGUUUGGCAAGUUUUUAUUCUGAAGUCUGUCAUGCUCAGCAUGUUUACUUAAAAUACGUUUUGAAAUCAGCAAGGCUUCCUGUUUUAAAGCUGAGUGACGCUUAUUGGAUCACAUUUACCCUACCUUGUGUCUGUUUCCCUCUGACGGAGGAAAGCACAUCUUUUCCACAGUGGUAUUGGAGUACUUCUCCAAGAAAGAAAGCCUGUGGGGUGCCAGGUGAUAAUUCAGACUGUCUUCAGGCAUGCAAAUGAUAGUUGGAUUAUUUAUUGUACACAUUUUUAUUUUCACUGUGGUGGAUGCAAAUCUUCUAGAGGAACCUUUGCUAACCUAGUGCCCACUUGACAUUUUGCCCAGUCAGCAUGCUGGCUGGGGCCAAUGGGAAAUUUAGUCCUAAAUGUAUGGAGGGCACCAGGUUGGCAAAAGUUGCUCUAGUGAAUAUUCACGUUUUCUUAAGCUGUUGGUGCUUUUUUCUGCCCUGUGCCGGACUGUCUGGCCUCCUUCAUGGCAUUUAUCUUCCUUUGCCCUUUGCUAUUUGAAUGGUUGGAGUGUCUUUGUUCUCCCUGCUGUUCUUCAGUCACUGAUAUCUCCUAAAGAAAUGGUUCUCACUGUGACUUUGUUAAACUGACACAAUCAAAUGCAUGUGACUUUUAUCACCUGAUGAAUGGGCUUUUUAUGUACAGCCCUGAAAACCUGCACUUGACUCUCUCCUUUUUUUCUAUAAUCCUCCAAUGACAGAGAGGGAACAAAAGGCUGUUUUCUUCACAUUUCCCCCCCAGCUCCCACAGCCCUCUGCUCUUGAUUGAUGGUGGUUUUUGUCUAAAAGUUCCUGCAUCUGGGGUGCUCUGUGCACUUGCAGUGUGUGGCCUAGAAGCGUGUCUGUGAAAUUUUGGGUCCUUUGCUCUGAAGCAUUUGGUACUGUGCAGAGGAUAAUGAAGCGCAGCACUUGACUCUUCAGUCAGUGGAAGGCUUCUUCAUGGCAGAUACCCAGCUGGAACAUUUGUCAAGCAGCCAGGGCCUCCAUGACUCUUGAAUUCAGCUGUUUGACCUUUUGGAAAGAAUCCAUUAGUCAGCCUACUUUGAAAGUGAAAAAACUGUGCUCAAGCAUAGUAAAAAUGGGAAGGAAAAUAAUAGAAACCAAAUAAAAAAUACUGACAUGAAUACUUAAGGACAAGGGAUUUAGAGUUCAUCCUUAAGGAAAGGCAUUGGAAACCUGUUGCUUUCUUUUGCAUCCUGGUGUGGAAGAGGCAGGUCAACCUGCUGUAUGCCAUUAUGUUCUUUGUUUGUUUGUUUAUUGCAACUAUUGCUUUUAACUUGUUUUUAGCUCUUUGUGCUUUUACUAUCUAGUUUUGUGUUUUUAUAUUGCUAUAAACCGCUGUGAUACAUUUUUAUGGUACAGUGGCAUAUAAACAUUUUAUUAAAACAUAAAUAAUAAAAUUUAAGAGACAAGGCACGGCAGCUGCUCAUCUUUGCACCUUAUUAAGGUUUAGUAUUUCUGUAAAUAACAUGCUCAGACAAUCCUUCUUUCCCUGCCUCUACGCUACAUCCCACAAUCUCUCAAUUGCCAUGUUUUCUACUUUUUUUGGUUAUGAUAGGACAACUUCUCCACUUUUAGAUCCUGCUUUUGCAUUGUUUUAAUAUAGUGAACUGGUUUUGGAAAGUAAACGCUUAGAAUUGUCUCAGUGUCUUGCAUACAGCAAAGGCAAGUUCCAUAUAUGCCCUUGGUCUUUUUUUCUCUUGUUGCUGCUUCUCCUCUGUGUUUUCUUUUACCCAAUGAGUGAUGAGCUAUUGCUAUUUUCAUAGCAACAAAUAUUACUUUCUAGGAUUCCUUCUCUCUGAACUUUAAAAAUAAUUUUUAAAGGCCAGUAUCUGAAAGGUAAUCAUGUGUGGACACAAUGCAUGGUUCUGCCAAUUUAUUGGCUGGAAGAGGCAGCCAUUUUAGAAGUAAACAGGAACUUACUCUAUAGAGGUCGGUGGCGUUUUGUUUUUUUUAAUAAAUAUUUUAAUUAAGUUUUCACAUAAUACAUCUUUAAAAGUUUUCACAUAAUACAUGUUAAAAAAACAGGCAGGUGGAGAUUUGGUGGGUACCCUUUUGUCAUUAUUUUUACGAGGUUUGCUAUGCACUGUCCUGGACUUUUUCACUUAACAUAGAAAGUUGUGUAGUGUGGUGUUGCUUGUGUAGCUUAGUCUAGACUGGCAACUGAUCUUUUGCUACUGGAUGGAGAUGUCCAGGAGCCACACUUGGUGCUUAGCAUCUCCAGCUGCCUGGCUGCAGUCAGCUCGUCUGCCGGGCACAGCGCAGCAAAAAAUGCACCUUUUUUGUGCUGCCAGGUGAAUCAGGUGUUUGGAAGGAUAGUGCAGUAGCAAAAGACACGUCUUUUGCUGCUGCACUACCCUGCAGACCCCCUGAUUCUCUUGGCAACUCCCCCCCCCCCCCGGAGCGGGGGGAAAAAAGGCAGCUAGACAUUUUGUUUUGGUGCCCACAACCUAGGUCCCAGGAGCCACAUGGCUCCUAGCAUUCCUAUCCCAGUUUCCAACUGCUGCUCAUCAGUUGCUUUUAUAAACCAUAACUUGUUGAGAUCCUAGUUCAAUUGUAGGAGAAAGACAAGAAGGCAUUGGGUUCAUUUACUCCUGCAAUGUAAGAGAGGUUACAUUGCAUCAAGCAAACAGAUCACAUUUCCAUUUUCUAGCAGCAGGUAGAAGGGGGAGCUAGCAAAGGUAUUUUGGCAAUUACUGGUGGUGAAAGCAGGGUUUUCUGGAGCAGUAUAAUUUCUUAUGUAUCUUGUUUCCAUUUAGCAUGCUUCAUAAGCCUGUUUUCUCUCCCUUCCCCCAUAUUCCCCCCCCCUUUGCAUAUGAAGUGUUGCUUUACUUAGCAAGUCAAAUGCCAGGCAGCCUGUCACUCUCAUGCACAGCUGCUUUUGGAAUUAGCAUAUGGACAAAAGAGGUGGGGAAGAGCCUUCUUGGGCAGGUGCUGUUCUUCAGUCUGCCCAGUGUCAGAAUGCCCUAGUCAUUCCCCAGAUAAGAUGCAUACACAGCCAUCUCUUGCAUUGCUGUUGAACACCAGCAAACAGAUUUGCUGUGACCUGAAAUAUGUGUGAACACGCAGGAAGAAAGAAUUCUUUGCAGCAAAGGAGCUCUUUAAUAUGCCUGCUUAAGCCCAGACACAAAUUAUCAUAAAGCUUGUGAUUUGUUGGCUUUAAGAAGAAAAAGGAAAGAAAACCUGAAAUAUGUAAUAAGCUCUCCCAUGAUCAGAGAACAGUUCUGAUUCCUGUUAACACAUUCCAGAGGGGUAGCGGAGUUUCAUGGCUGCCAACGAAAAGCUUAUGCCACAAUCAAUCUGUUAGCCUUUAGGUUGCCUCACGAGUUUGUUGUAUCUUGCAGACAUCAUAUUUUCAUCAGUAGAUCCAUUGUCCUUUUUCUUCAUGGCACAGAUCCCUCAUGACUUCUGUUAAGUUCCAUUUAUAACUGAAGGAGACCAGUUAAUGUGUGAUACAAGGGCUCUAACUUCAUUCUGUCUCACAAUUACCCCCCUCAAUGUCUAGCUCCUGCCUUUGCCUGUACUAAGCUGCUAUUUAUUCUUUUAUUUAUUUAUACAUAAUCUGCCUUUUUCCUGACAGGACUCAAGGCGGCUCACAGAUAAAAAUAAGAACCGCUAAAAACAUUGAAAAAACAAUAAUGAUAAAACAACAAAACCUUGAUAGAAUUUAAACUAUAUACGUAUAUAAAAUAUAUUAAAACCAUACCAAUAAUUACAAUAAAAACAGCACUGUACCAGCCCUUUCAUUAAAAUCAGUCAGUUCCCAAAAGCCCUUUGGAAAAAGAAAGUCUUCACCUGUUGGCGGAAGGAUAACAAGCAGGGAACCUGUCUAGCUUAUUUUAUAAGGAGUAUGUGCACACUUCAGUCAUGCCAGUUCUCUCCUCUUCCCCAUUUCUUACAAAGGGUUUCUGGACUCUCAUAACAACUCUUAUCCUCACUUCAUCCCUCUCUAUUCUUUUUGUUAUGCCUUAUCUUUUCCAUUAUUUUUCAUCUUGUUUGAAUUCUGAAUGCCUUUGUCCUGAAGGCAGGGUGUUCUUUUGAGUGAUGUUAGUGCUUAGUCCCAUGAUGGCUGUUGUCAUGGGCAGUUUUUUUAUACUAAUGGCAGUAGAGUUGUGUCCUCAGUCAUGCCAUGUGUGGGGAAGCUAUCUUGACUGGUAUGGUAAUGCCCACCAACUACUAGAGUACCAUUUACACCCACACCCUUUUCUACAAAUCCUAAGCGUUCUUUUAACUGUUGCACUUUGCCUGACUUGUACCGACCUUUCCCCAUGAGUUUCUUUCUCCAAAAAAGCAGUGAGACUUAGUUGAUCUUCUGCAAUUUGCAGCAUUUAAAAGACUUAAUAGUUGAAGGUCAGUAUAGAUCACUGUGACCUUGAUCACCAGUUCUGAAGACAAAAUGGCUAUACUCUGCAUUUGACUUCAGAAUAGCAAUUAACUGCAUCCAGAUGGUCUGCUUGCAGAGUGACAUGUUGCCCACUUCACCUCUAUUGUGAUGAGGCUGCAGAGUCCCUGGAAACAAACAUGCCCAUGUAGCCAUUUGGCAACCAAUCAAAAUAUCCUUGUGAUCAAUUAGAUGAACAGCUUCCUUUCAGAGUCACAUUGCUGCAACAUACUGCAAUCUCUGUUGUAGGCUUGAAACAUUUCGCUUUGCUUCUCUUCCCCUCUUCCCGAUGAACUGCAUUGCAAUAAUUUAUCUGCAAAUGCAGUAUUUGGGGAAGAGAGCAGAACAUGGGUGACCUGUCUGUUCCUGACUUUACUAUUUGUACACUUAAACAACCUACCUCUCUCGUUUUUGCCUAAUUGCUUUCUGUGGCUGAAAGGAACAUGUAUCUGUUAGGUAUUGCCAUAAAGACCAAUGUGAGUUUCUGUACUAUAAAUAUCCCCAGAUUAAUAGGUCCCCAGAUAAUAUGUCCCCAGACAAACUAUGGAGUAGCUGGCUUAACAUUAUGCUCAAAGUAGUGCUUGUGGCUUUAUACUUUUCAAACAAACCAGCCUAAGGCCAAUGUUUGUUCUAGGCUUCCUGACUAUGUUUUUUUGAAGAGAAACAAAUCACAAGUGCUGGUUCAGAUCCAACACUAAGCCAGCCUUCCAGCGGUCUGUUUCUCCACUCAUAAGGGAGGAAUGAGGUGGAAGAGCUUGAGCUAGGUACACCAGCACAAAGUAUGAGCAUGUUAUGAUUAAGACAGACAAACUCCACUUGGCUUAGCAUCAUGUGUGAAUAUGACCAGUAUGGUCCAAUUUCAAAAACUAACUGAAGCCAGCAGAGAAGAGGUGAAAUCCUCCAAAAUUGAGGUUAUGGGCUAGGUGUUCAGAAACUAGAAAAACUGUGGGGGAAGGGAUACUCUGCUGGCCGAAUUUGAAACCUAGGGAUAGCAUAUUAAACUUGGUUUUAAAAGGGUGCAUCCUUGGUAGACAAGCUCAUUGCAGUCUACAAACCGUGUUAAAGGGCUUUAAUACACUUGUGGGGAGUUACUGUUUUAACAAAUGUUGACAGCUAGAUCCAAGUGCGUAGAGCAAAAGAACCAUCUGAAUCUUUAAUGAUGUGAAUUGCUGUAGCUGCUAUUCAGGCAGGUUUUCAUGUAGAGUAUGUGGAACCAUGCUUCCAUAUAGUAUAGAAAACUGCUUGCUUUGCUUGCUUGCUUAGGUCCUCUUUUUGUUGUCGGAUCUAGUAUAGUGAGACCCAAAGUUUGUGCAUUAUUGAAAGUGCACAAGGAAUCUCCUUUCUUUGAAAGCUCUUUCUGGGUUUUAACGGUUUUGAAGUAGAUAUAUGUUUAAGUAAAAUUGCAAGCCAGCUUCCUUAGCUGUGAAUGAGGAGAAGUGGAAAAGGCUCAGGAAUUGUAGGCAGGGCAAACAAACACACUGUCAGCAUCGCCCUUGAGCCAGUGCCACCAACUGGACUCAUCCACUUCAGCCCCGACUGGGCUAGGCGAGCUGGGUAGCACUUCCAGAGACCACCUUCUGCACAGGAACAGGUCAAAGUGCUGUGGACUCACAGCUUAGAGUUGUGAGCACCGGAUUCACUUCCACAAGAAGACAGUUGUCGCACAGCAGAAUACAGCAGAGUCUAGCAGAGUAUAUAAACAACUCGGAGAGCAGCUCUGUAGAAUAUCUUCUUUAUUCUAUAACUACAAAUAUAAUACAACUAUAUACAGAGCUAAAUAGGUCUAAGCAUAAAUGAAUGCUGCACUGCACUGAGUGUCUGCAGCUGCUCUUAGCAGUAACCUUAUCUCUACACACGAUCUCUAACACUCAGCCUCUCUCUCUCUCCCCCCACACUGACUGACUGACUGACUCGGUGCUGGAGCAGAAUAAGUAGAGAGCAGAACAUGCCUCCUCCUCUCUGGAGAAUCAGCAGACUCCUCAGGAGAUUCUUGGAUAUGGGAGGGGUGAAAUCUCCUCACACACCCUGUCCUUUCAUCUCUGCUACACUGCCUUGCAUAUUUUAACCAGGAAGAUGCCUCUUUGUCUGAUGGCAGCAAUCCAUUCAGUUUAUCACAUACAACUUUUGUAGAAUAACUGGUUGCAGUUUUAGGCAGCACAAUGGACUCAAGUUCGUAUAUUUGUAUUUGCUGUUAAAUUCUGAAUUUUCUCAGUAAGCAGUGUGCUUGAAUAAGUGUGUGCCAAGUAUUCUAGAGUUGCAUAUACAUUCUGAUGGGUCAUUAGUGACUUUCGAGUGGGUCUCUUAACCAAUAUAAAGCCUUAUGUGGAGGUGAGUUCUAGCAUGCGUAAGUGAUGAUGUAUGGAUGCUGGUUGCUGCUUUAGUGUGAGCAGCUUUGAAUAGUACAGAAUCUGUAAGCUGGGUUAGUGACCUACUCCAGUGACCAUCUUAAGACCUGCUUGAGUCACUUACGUAGCUUCUCUGUUCAUUCUUGCAGGAAACAAAGGGAAGGAACUGUACCCUUUUCAUUUAUGUUUGAACUGUUGCUUUCUCCCAGAUCUCUUUUAAAACCAAAAGCAAUAUAUUGACAGAUGGGAAGAUUGCCAAACUGGUGAGAAGGAGAGAAAGUAAACUCACUAAGAAUUGAUCUGCCUCUUUUCUCUAUUCUUCCUAUUACCUCCACCACCCCAUCUCUUGAUUUUUAACCUAGCAGCUUGGCUGUAUUGCAGGUAGGUGUUUAUUGUGGAAGAACAGAUCCUGCUAAGAUCACCUUUAGCGCACAUUUGUACUUUCAAUGAUCUCGGAUUAAAUUAUUUUGAAUUAUAGGAUUUUGUAUUGGUGAUUCUGAAUUCUCAAUGGACUCAGGUCCUUCUGGCAGGAUUCAUAAGCAUCUGAUAGUCCAGUGUAAGAAUGGAAUGCUGGGCUACGUAAGCCUUUGGUUUGAUCCAGUAGUGCUUUUCCUAUGUUGAUUAACUUGAUUUUUUUUAUAGUGAAAGCGUAGUUAGCAAAGUUUUCUCUGAACAUUUAAUAAGGAAGAUUCUUAGCACUGUGUGGGAGCAAAACAGUGCUUAAGUGUCUAAUCCAUAUUAAAUAACAUUGGGAAAAUAACUAAGGAUUUGUUUUCAUUUAUGAUAGUCAAUCUGAAAUAAAUUAUUUGCUUCCUUAAAAACCUUUGACUGUCCUUUAAAGUGCAUGGUGCUUCUGUACAGUAUAGGUAGGAUUUUGAUCUUGCACUACAGUAUUGUAAAACUACAUUAACUGGCAGAAGAUGCAUAAAUGACUGGAAAAGGAACUCUUUCUGUGCCAGCCUCAAUGUGAGCCCCCUCAAUUAAAAGUUACUAAUGUUGGCUGGUACAGAUGAGAAGUGACUAAGUUUCCUGGGUCAUUGAAGAGGCUCUUACAUGUUGGAAAGGGACUAUCCAGUGCUCAUAUGCUUUGCCUAUAGAAAGUUCCAUUUUUAGUGACCAGCAUUUCCAUUUAAAGACUGUCACAUUAUUAGACUGGGAAAGGCAUCUGCCUGAGACUCUAGGGAACCCCUGAUAGUUGGAGUAGACAACACUGGGCCCAGUGGCCCAGUUAAGUCUACUGCAGCUUCGUGUGCAAUCUUACAGUUAGGCAAUUGUAAGAUGUUUGGGGAAAAGCUAAGAACAAUAAAAAAGAGAAUCAGUUUAACAGUAAGUUUGCCUGACACUGAUUCUUCCUAAAACAUUGUUGUAGCUAAUAACUGGAUUCUCAUAAGCAAAGGCAUGCAAAUUGUGUUUGCUUAACAGUUCUUUUCUAGUAAAUAGGUUGGUGAUUGACAUAAUCUGUGCAAGGGCAACAAACUGCAAAAUGCAUUCAUGCUGUGUUAACCGCAUCUUAUUUCACAUUGAAAGAAAGGAAAAAGCAUGAUCAAAUUCAGAGUUUUGUCUAUCUUUCUAAAAGGGAGUAAUAGAAUCAUAGAAUUAUAGAGUUAGAAGGGACCCAGAGGGUCAUCUAUUCCAACCCCCAGCAAUGCAGGAAUCUCAACUAAUGCAUCUAUGACAGAUGACAUUCCAAGCUCUGCUUAAAAACUGCCAAUGAAGGAGAGUCCACCACCUUCUGAGGGAGUCUCUUCCACUGUCACACAGCUCUUACCAUCAGAAAGUUCUUCCUGAUGUUUAUUCAGAAUCUCCUUUCUUGUAACUUGAAGCUAUUGGUUUGGGUCCUAGUCUCCAGAGGAGACAACAAGCUUGGAAGAUGGCUGUUACAUCUCCUCUCAGUCUCCUCUUAUCCAGGCUAAACAUACCCACUUCCCUCAACUGUUCCUCAUCAGGCUCAGUUUCCAGAUCCUUUGUCAUCUUGGUUACCCUCCUUUGCACACAUUUCAAUAUCCUUCUUAAACUGUGGUGUCGAGAACUGGACACAGUACUCCAGGUGUGGUCUAACCAAGGCAAAAUAGAGUGAAACUAUUAUUUCCCUUGAUUGGGACAUUAUAUUUCUGUAAUGCAGCCUAGAAUAGCAUGAGCCUAUUUUGCUACUGCAUCACAAAGUGGCAGCUAUACCUAAUAGUCUCUUCCCUUCCAUAGCACAAAUUGGGGACCACCAACUCCAUUGCAUUUUGCUCAACAGCAGUGGCUAGAGAACCUAAUUCUGGAGUAUGCAGCUAGAGAACAUGUUUCUUUUGAACAUUCUACACUUGUGUGCUUAUCUGGCUUCAUAUUUGAUAGUAGAAUUCUGUGUUAAGUCACUGAAAGCAAAACUUGUUUUUGCUUGUUAUUCAACAAUUCUUUUAUGUUUCAGAGUUCUGAUCAUGUUGGCAGCGAUGAUGCAGCUCAUGAGGAUGAAGGAUUUAUGGGGAUGCUGCCUCUCCAAGCUCACCAUGCCAUGGAGAGGAUGGAAGAGUUUGUAUGUAAGGUAAGAGGCUGCAAAGCAAGUGCCCAUCAUGCUCUGGUGUGCUUCACACAGCUGUUGGGUCCUUUGGCUAGCAGUGCAUGCACUUCUGGCAACAAAGAGCCAAGUCACAGUGGGUGGCCAUCAAGGAGUUCUGUUGUCUUGGCUGAUGCUGCCACUGUGCGUGUUGGGAUCUUGCGCUUCCAGUAAUUGGAUGAAUUAGAAAGUUUAGCACGAUAGGGAUUACACGUUGAAAUGUAGGAUUAAACAUGAUGGUACAACUGUUGAGCCUCUUUUUUGAAACAUCUGUGGAAGUCCAAGCAGAAUAAUGCCCUCUGCUUCUAGUGUUUCUGGGUCAGAGAACUUUAAUUUACAAGGUCACCUUUUUCCAUACAUACUCUUUCAGGCCUUUGCAAAUCUUUGUUUUGAGAUUACCAUUUGUCUCCCUUGUGUAGCAGCCUCAUUGUGUCCACUGUCCCAAGUGAAAAAAGCCAGUUCUAUUGAAAUGCCACCCUGGACAAAUUCAUUGUGAGCUGUGUAAAUAUUACUGGUCUUGACUUUCCUUGUCUAAUUUUAAAGGGAAAUAGUUUAUGCUGGUGUCUGUCUCUAAUGUCAGAAUCAGAACAGAGAAUAUUAUUUUUACCUUGUUUUGCUGCUAUCUUUUCAUAAUUGGAAGGAUGACCUUGGAAAUGCAGGAUUUAUUAACAAAAUUUCUACAAAUAUAUGAACCCCAACUUUAAUGAAGCUCCAUUGUUACCAUCUUUCUUUUUUCCACCUAUCACUGAAGUCUCAGAAUAUUUGACUUUGAUUUUAGAAUGGCAAACAUGCUCCCAAACUUUCAUGGAGGGGUGCUUUGGAUUGGCUUUUCUUUGCCUUCAUGUGUUACACUACAGGGAGCAGUUUUUUCAGUUUCCUGAAACUUCAUACUAAUUUCAAAAUUAUUUGUGGUGGUGAAGGUGGAUUUUGUGGAAGAGUGGCUGAACUAUUCUCUAUACUGCUUUUUCCAUUUGAAAUUCAAUGUGUAUUUCCUUGGGAAACUGCCACAGGAGGACUAACACAACCCCUCCUUACUCCCUUUAGGUGUGGGAGGGCAGAUGGCGCGUCAUCCCCUUUGACGUCUUGCCCGACUGGCUGAAAGACAACGAUUACCUGUUGCAUGGGCACCGCCCACCCAUGCCCUCUUUCCGGGCUUGCUUCAAAAGCAUUUUCAGAAUACACACAGAGACCGGCAAUAUCUGGACACACCUACUAGGUAUUGACUUGGAUGUAAAUGUCAUAUGAAUUUAUCUUUUAUAACUAAUAACUGAGUUAAGAAGCAAAGAAAAUAGACUUUGGAACUUACUGCUGAUCCAAUAGCAAGAGCAAGAUUGCCUGGAGCACAUCUGACAGGACUCUACAGGAUAUGUUGGGCAAGAGUUUGGGGUGAAUUAUACUUGCAUAGAUGGAUCCUGGACAAAGGGUUGCAGUGACUUUCCCCUUCAGUAAUCUUACUAAAUGCCUGUUCAGUAGAAUAACUUCUCUUUGUUCAGCACCAACUGACUUGGUUUGAAUUACUCAGAUGUGCAAAUUCCCCCUUUUCUGUUUGUGUUGUACUCCCCUCACCCCAUCACUGAUAAUGUUUUGAGGAUGCUCAGAUUGACUUGGCAGAUCUACAUGAAUCCUCUUCCUGUUGUCCAAAAAGAUAAUUCAGAUUUCUGCUCCAACACUGCUGUUCACUAAUAGCUUUUAGGAAGAAAAUGUAAACACUUUGGUAUGCAUGUGCUGCUCUGAGUCAAGACCUUGGUCCAAGGCUUCAACCUGGGACAUCUGAAUUGCAAUGCUGCAGAAAAAUUGUGUGCUUUGUACUUCUGUGAGGCUUUCUCACUGCAGCAUUGCCCUUGAAAUAAGCUUAAUUGCCUGUGCUUACUGGACCUUUCCUGGCUCUUGGGACUAAUGAUGGAACAGGCCUCAAAUUAGCUUCAGUUGGCAUUGCAGUGACCAUAUUCUGUUUGGCUCAUUGGGGAGGACAGAACUAGAGCUAAGCUUGCAUACUUUAAACAUUAUUGUCAGCAACUGUUUUGCUUGGCAGAACAUUUAGGUUGGAAUAAACCUAAAGCCCUUUGGUUCAUCGAUUGGUCAUAUUUGUGCUAGCCCAGCUUCUGUAUGCUACACCACCAUGCCUCAUAAUACUUGGGAGAAAUAAUGCAGACAAACAGGAAAUUGAAUCUGUUUCCAGCUUUAUAUCAGGCCACCCAUUCCACCAUGUUCCACUCCAUGCAAAACACACUAAACCAUAUUUUAACAUGAUGUGCAUAAUGUGGCCAGGGGUUUCCCAAAGCUGUUCAAAGCAUAUGUAGUACCUCACUCAAUGAUUUGCAAAUGUUAAGUCAAAUGAUCUACAGAAAUGUGACAGAUGACAUUUCUCAAGUGUACUGAAUUUGCUUUGAUGCUUUUUUGGGGUUCUCCCGCUACACAUGCACAAACUUUGGCAGGUCUUGUAACAUUUAUUUUUCUUUGUUUAGGUUGUGUGUUCUUUCUGUGUCUGGGCAUCUUUUACAUGUUCCGGCCAAACAUGUCCUUUGUAGCACCUGUACAAGAGAAGGUAGUGGUUGGAGUGUUCUUCUUGGGAGCCAUUCUCUGCCUCUCCUUCUCAUGGCUCUUCCACACAGUUUACUGCCAUUCAGAAGGUGUCUCAAGACUAUUCUCCAAGUAAGUAUUGUAGUGGUUCAGUGUGACUUCAGAGCCGGAAAAUGUAUGUGAAGCACUAUGAAAAUUGUCAGUGUAUAAAUGCUUAGCUGUUGGGUCCAGGCUGAGAAACUGGAAUUUGCCUAAGAGCUCUACUUCAGCCAUUGAUGGGCUGCCCAUAUUCCUGACAUUGUGGUUAGCAGGCCAAGAUUAAGGAAUUUAGAUCAGAGCUCUUCUCCUAAGACUUGUCUGCCUUUGCUAAUAUUUGGAAGUUGCUGUCUAGGGGUGGUCACAGUAGGAACCUUAUUAGCCACAGAAGUCUUGCACCAGAAGCUGGACAAUGAUGCAACUAGGCUAGGCUUGUUGGGUGCUGUGGAGGCUGUGCAAUCAUUGAGCAGGCUAUUUCAUGUGACCUUCCUGAAGCAACUUUCCCCCUCUCUUCCCUUGCCUUAGACUGGACUACUCUGGCAUCGCCCUCCUCAUUAUGGGCAGUUUUGUCCCAUGGCUCUACUACUCCUUCUAUUGCAACCCUCAGCCCUGCUUCAUCUACUUGAUUGUCAUCUGUGUCCUGGGCAUCACAGCCAUUAUAGUUUCCCAAUGGGACAGGUUUGCAACCCCCCAGUAUCGAGCAGUACGAGCAGGUAAGACUCAAAGGAUCACUUUUAAAAUGCUUUCCUCCACAUGAAGGGAUUUGGUCUGAAAUUUUAUUCCAAAUUGGAACAAAGUGCUGAACUUACUUAUGCAUGGUGCUAUUUUUUAAAAUGUAACUUUGAACUGAGUGUGCGCGCUCAUAGAUUAAAAGUUUGACACUCCUAAUCUGCCAGUCAUAUUUGCAUAAUGUCAGGUUCUAGAGAGGUAGCCAUAUCUGUCUGCAACAAAACUUCUUUAAUGUUCCAUAUUCAGAUUUAUAGUGACACAAGUUUUUGUGAGUUAAAGGCACCUUCCAUGAUGUGUUGCCUUCCAUUAGUCAUGCUUAUGGCGUAUUUGUGUAUAUUUGUGUACAGACAGAUAUACAGUGGUACCUCCGUUCCGGAGGCCCGUUCGCAACCUGAAGCGCUGUAUCUGUGCAGGUGCGCGGCACAAUUUGGUGCUUGUGCGCAUGCGCGAAGUGCGAUUUAGCACUACUGUGCAUGCGUGAACGGUGAAACCCAGAAGUAACCCUUUCCGGUACUUCCGGGUUGCUGCGGGACGCAACCUGAAAAAAAGUAACAUGAAGUAAAUGUAACAUGAGGAAUGACUGUACAUACAGCAAAAUGUAGUCUCCAAACGGGCCUUGAAAAGUUUAUACUCUGCAUUCUUUAUGUGUACAGAGAAUUCACUAGUUGUGGAUAGUUAGUACUUCAUGCACCUUAUAAAUGGGCAUCCUUUUAUGGAUACAUAAUAAAUUGGUUGGUAUUUAGAUGCUACAAGAUUCCUUGUGCCUGCAUCAUGUGUGUUUUAAUUUGCACUGUUCCCCCCCUUUUUUCCUAUUAUUAACUUGUAGUACUCAUUAUGUGACAUCUUGUUUGGAUGACAAUAAGUUAAGGAUUCUGGCUGUAAAUGCCAAGUCUGUCCAAUGAACACAAUUUGUGAAAAUGACUCAUCAGCUUAGCUGGAUGCCAUCUUUCAUAGUGGCUCUAAAUUCUGGCUAAGUCUGAGUCAGGUAGGAGGAUUAUUUAGGAUAAGGUAUUGUUUAAAAUCAAAACCCUAAAUGCAUCUUCUAGUGCAGUAGUUUCCAAAUUUUGCCAUGAGGGAACGGAAAGAAAAAGAAUCUCCUAAGGACGAAAAACAUCUGCCUGCAGGGAAGCUGUUUGCUGUUACAGACAUACACACAUUCAGCAUUUUAUUUGUAUGCCACCUUUCCGUAGUUUAAACCAUGCUUAAGGCAGCUUACAACAUGAAAAAAAUAAUACAUAAUUACAUAGCAAAAGUAAUUUUCAACCAUAAAUAAAAUUUCAAAAAGUACACAUCUAAAUUGAACAUUUCCAUAUAGAUCAUAAGAUCUAAAAUAAGAUACAAAAAAUUAUAUCAAUAACAGCAACACACACCCCUCCAAACAAAACACCCUAAACAACGCCCCAGCCCAACAGUCUGUUCAGUAGCCUCAGUUUUUGUAGCUGGAGUCAGGGCCCUCCUCGGCCAGGUGGAAAUAAGGCCAGUAAGACAAGGACUCCUAGCCAAGAUGCUUAUUCCACCACUCCGGCCGGCCUGCCUUCCUUUCCACUCCAUCUUUACAGGAGGAUAGAGACUUUGUUCUGUUCAUCUCUGCUUUUGGAAAUGAUUAGGUUUUUCUGAUACUCCAGUGCAGAGGAUGCUACUUGCUGAAUCUCUACAGAAAUUGCUGCUCUGGGCUUUGUCUUCUUCCAUUUGGGAGGCACACUUGGAACAGUAACUCCUGUAGCAGUGCAUGGGAAGAACUCCUCCGAGGGAAGGUGGAAUUCUUGCAUGUCUGAAUGCGUGCACACACAGAAUGUGAAUGUAGUCAUGCAUUCAGGGGGGAAAGUCUCAUUUGCUUGCUGGAAGUUUGAAGAAUUUGUUCUAGAAUAUUUCUGUACCUUCCAGGAAGUUGUAAAUUUGUACAGAGGAUCAGGAGAUGAAAUAUAUAGCAAUUGCAACUUAGUACAGUGGUACCUCUGGUUACGAACUUAAUUCGUUCCGAAGGUGCGUUCUUAACCUGAAACCGUUCUUAACCUGAGGUACCACUUUAGCUAAUGGGGCCUCCUGCUGCUGCUGUUCUCAUCCUGAGGUAAAGUUCUUAACCCGAGGUACUAUUUCCGGGUUAGCGGAGUCUGUAACCCAAAGUUUGUAACCUGAGUUACCACUGUACUGGGAAUACUAUUAUGCAAAUAUUGAAGGUUUUAAUUAUCGUGAACUGUCAGUUCAAUCUGUGGGCUGGAGCAGACAAAACACCUUUGAAGUUUAUUCUUCCAUGACUGAUGUAAGUGUGCACUUUUUUGGUCAGUCAGUGGUACACGAAGGCCAAAGUUCCUUUCUGCCACUCACAGCCCACUGGCAGGGAGUCUUUAUUUCAAGGCUUGUGCUACAGUCUCUAGUGUACUUAGAAAGCUAGAGGUAUAUUAACAUAUUUUGAACAAUUGUGCACAGUGGGUGUGUAGUAUACAUUUUAGGGCACUUGAGAAUGAAAUCAGGUUUACUUCAUUUUCUACAACAAAAAGAAUUUGGUCUGAUUAAAGAAAUUAUAGUUGAUUGAUUGCAAUUUUAAAUGAUCUGCAUAAUAAAAGUCACUUGAAUAAAAUGGUGACUUUGGAAUGGAAAAGCAUACUUUCUUUAUCUAGUAUUUAAGUGGUGUAUGUGUAUGUGCACGUGCGCGCGCGCGCGCGCACACACACACAUAUGUAUGUGCUGCAGCAGGUAUAGUCUUGAAGGAGGAUAUGCCUCCUGGUUGCAACAGAAGAGAGAAUGCCUCUUCUAAAAUGACAUUUAGCACUAUGGAAAUUAUUAUUUUUAAAAAAAUGUGUUCCCAGAUUGAUCAGGGGGCUCCUCUCUAGUUGACCAAAUGGGUUGUGGCCCUAAAAACCAACCACCCAAGUAGUCUUCCUGCUCUGCUUUGGGAUCCUGCGCUUUGGCAGUUUGCCCUCAUCUCUGCCACUGCUUCUCUUGUGUCCAAGGCUGAAUCUGUCCCACUUCCCUUAUCUCCUAGGAGUGUUUCUGGCUCUGGGCCUUAGUGGGGUCAUCCCCACCCUGCACUUUGUCAUCACGGAAGGGCUCCUCAAGGCUGCCACAAUGGGGCAGAUAGGCUGGCUGGCUCUCAUGGCCUGCCUGUAUAUCACUGGCGCUGCACUGUAUGCUGCUCGCAUCCCGGAGAGGUUCUUCCCGGGCAAGUGUGACAUCUGGGUAAGUAUGGCUAAUAGAUGGCAGGCACAUAAUAGGGAGGGUGAGAGGCAUUAAUGCCAUCCCUACUGCAUAUCUGCAGUGAUGGAUCACUGUGGUCUGUGGCCGGGCUCUGUAAAUGCCUCUUACUGCUCAGUUCUGGGCUAAAAUGGAGCCCUGCUGUGCAACUGCUAACUUUAAAACCCUGUGAAACUCUGCAACCUUCUCUUGGUAGGCAUUACAAGAAUGAAAAAUAUUUGCACUGUAUCUGCCUUGGCAUACCUGGCUCCCAAGAGAGGGAAUGGUGCACAGCUGCAAAAAUACAACCAUUCUGAUACAGCGCUAUUAAUGCUCUGUCUUUGUUUGUUUAUGUGUAUAUGAGCAUGUAUCUUGUCCUCUAGCCAGUUAUGCCAAGUUGACUGGGGCUGGGUGGGUUUAAAUUGGCACCUCUUGGUGCUUGCAUAGCCUGUUCACACAGAGAAGCAAACAGUGGAUUCCUAGGAAGCAAGAUGGCUUAUUCUUUGGCUGGUUGAUACUUCACAAUCUCUACUUACUAGCCAAUACCACCUGUGAUGCCCUCCUCUGGUGACUGUUCUGGAAAAUGGGAGUCUCCAUUACCUAAGGUGAAACGGUGUUCUGUUUUUCUCUCUCCCAUAGUUCCACUCCCACCAGCUGUUUCAUGUGUUUGUAGUGGCUGGUGCAUUUGCACACUUCCAUGGAGUUUCAAACCUUCAGGAGUUCCGCUUCACAGUUGGCGGAGGCUGCUCAGAGGACGAGAUGUAG